UCGCCGCCCAGAGCUCCUGCAGCUGGUCCAUCCAGCCUCCUGGGACUUUGAUUCGUCUUACGCGCCGAGCUCCUGGCAAGGGCUGUCCGGGCAUGCCGCUCGGCCGCUUUCUACGAGGAGCUUAACCCGCCCCGCCUGCCGUCCGGAUGGGACCGCCCGAGUGCUCUAAAGUCUCCAGUAAAUAUUGAAUUGCUGAGGAAUUUGGGAAAAGACAAGCUGAAGUUCCCAUUCCAUGGAUCCCUUGGGGGCACCUUCCCAGUUUGUGGAUGUGGAUACGCUACCAAGCUGGGGCAGCUCAUGUGAAGAUAAAUUAAAUGCCUCUGGUACUGCAGCAGAAACAUUUCAGGAAGACGCUAUUAGAUCACCUUUUCUUUAUAAUAAGGACAUCAAUGGAAAAGUGGUUCUUUGGAAAGGAGAUGUAGCAUUACUGAAUUGUACAGCCAUUGUAAAUACCAGCAAUGAAAGUCUUACAGAUAAGAAUCCUGUGUCAGAAAGUAUCUUCAUGCUUGCAGGACCUGAUUUGAAGGAGGACCUCCAGAAACUCAAAGGUUGCCGGACAGGUGAAGCAAAAUUGACGAAAGGAUUUAAUCUAGCUGCCCGGUUCAUCAUUCACACGGUGGGACCCAAAUACAAGAACCGCUAUCGCACAGCAGCUGAGAGCUCCCUGUACAGCUGCUACAGAAACGUACUUCAGCUGGCAAAAGAACAGUCAAUGUCUUCUAUUGGAUUUUGUGUCAUCAAUUCUGCAAAACGAGGUUAUCCUUUAGAGGAUGCAACACACAUAGCACUUCGCACUGUAAGGAGAUUCCUAGAGAUUCAUGGGGAGACCAUUGAAAAAGUAGUAUUUGCUGUCUCUGAACUUGAAGAGGCUACUUACCAAAAGCUGCUACCUCUGUACUUCCCAAGAUCGUUAAAGGAGGAGAGUCGAUCAUUGCCCUACCUACCUGCAGAUAUUGGAAAUGCAGAAGGGGAACCUGUGGUACCUGAACGACAGAUUAGAAUAAGUGAAAAGCCUGGUGCCCCAGAGGACAACCACGAAGAGGAUGAAGGCUUGGGCGUUGAUCUCUCUUUCAUUGGCUCUCAUGCUUUUGCUCGAAUGGAAGGAGAUAUUGAUAAGCAAAGAAGACUGAUCCUUCAGGGGCAGUUAUCAGAGGCAGCCCUGCAGAAGCAGCAUCAAAGAAAUUAUAAUCGCUGGUUAUGUCAAGCAAGAUCUGAGGAUCUGUCUGAUAUUGCUUCUCUAAAAGCCUUAUACCAAACAGGUGUCGAUAACUGUGGUCGCACAGUGAUGGUGGUGGUUGGAAGAAACAUUCCUGUAACGUUAAUAGAUAUGGACAAGGCGCUCUUAUAUUUUAUCCAUGUAAUGGAUCACAUUGCUGUGAAGGAAUAUGUGUUAGUAUAUUUUCACACACUGACCAGCGAAUACAAUCACCUGGACUCUGACUUCCUGAAGAAACUCUACGAUGUUGUUGAUGUCAAGUACAAGAGGAAUUUGAAGGCUGUUUAUUUUGUUCAUCCAACAUUUCGUUCAAAGGUAUCAACAUGGUUUUUUACCACCUUUUCUGUCUCAGGACUGAAGGACAAAAUCCACCAUGUGGACAGCCUCCACCAGCUCUUUUCUGCCAUAUCCCCAGAACAGAUCGACUUCCCUCCUUUUGUCCUGGAAUAUGAUGCCAGGGAAAAUGGGCCUUACUUUACAUCUUAUCCCCCAUCACCAGAUUUGUGACCUGCCAUCUUUCAGUGCUACUGGUUUCCAAGGACACCACUUUCUCCACGAAUCGCUACCUAUUGAAGUGAUAUUCAUUUUUGCCGUACAGAUCCAGAGAGCCUUUUGUCCCCACCUCUCUGGUAUUUUUUUAUUGACUGUAUAUUUUCUGGCACAUAAGCAAUCUGAAAAUAGUAGGCCAUUCUGAACUGCACACUUAUUUUAAAUUUGUAUAUUUGUAUCAAAUGAAAAUGUUCAUUUUUAGAGGGUUGUUAAUAGAAAUUGGGGAGCUACUUUGAGUAUCUUCAGUUUCCUGAAAGGACACUGGAUUCUCCAUUAGACAAGCCACCAAUAUUGUUCACAUCGUCUCUAACAUUGCACGCUUCCUUUGUGUACUUAAGUAUUUCUCAAAAUAUAUAAAACCAAUAUAUGCUGACUGGAUGCAUUGUUUGCUUCAGAUCCUGGCAUUACAUUUUAUACAGAUAAUUUGGUUAUGAUAAAAGAGGAUUGUCUGGGACCAAGGAUGUGGAAAUGUAUCUGAUAAAAAUAUCAAAAUCAUUAGCAAAAUAUAGGUCUUAGAAUUUUAUUGCACUAGUUAAGACUAAGAUUUAAGGACUAAAGUUCCUUGGAUUAUAUGAUUUGUUGAGAUUGCCACUGUUCUGAUCUCAACAGUGACGAAAAACAAGAAGACUGUAUCUUUAGCCUUUUCCAUAAUCAUGGGUGAUUUGGUCUCCUUAUUCAGAAUGACUGCACAUAUUAGUACUCUUAUGUGAAGGGCAUCUCCUAAUACUCCAUUGCUGAGCCGUUAGAGAGUGUACUGUCUUCCCAGAGUCAUGAAUGAUUUUGUUUAGCUCUUAGGGCUGCUCCAUCUGAGGACAUUUCCUAGCAGUGUUUCUUGAGUUGCCUACAUCAAUAUGUUGGAAGUGUGUUGCAGUGAACAAAAUUCCAGAUCACUUUUGACACUCAGGCUCUAUUUGUGCCUUAGCUUGCUUAUGAGUAAAAAUUAGAAUUAUGCUACCUACCUCACAGAGGUAUCAUGAGGAUAGUAUUUAGAAAGGGCUUUUGAUGUCUUUGGAUGAAAAAUGCUAGGAGAGUUUGUAUAGCAGGGUGUCUUCAAUUUUUUAUUUAAUGAUAAUAAAUAUACUGAGAGAGUGCUGCAAAGCCCUCCUCUUGUC